AGUGAGCGUAACACAACUCUCUCCAUAAAAAAUAGGAUCGCUUUCUCUCCAAUUAAUCGUCUGUGGGGAAAUGGAGGAGGAGCCCGUGGGCGAUGAUCGGGAGUAUCAAGCUAUAAUUCCGGGGUUGCCGGAUGAUUUGGCAUUAAGGUGCUUGGCAAGGAUCUCGCAUGGAUAUCAUGGAUUGCUUGAAUGUAUUUCUAGAAAAUGGAGAGACGCAAUCAGGAGCAUGGAUUAUGCCCACAUGAAAGCUAGGCAUGAGCGGUGUGGGAAUUGGUUAUUUGUUUCAACAGCUGAUGGUAAAGGCCAAUGGGAUGCUUAUGAUCCUGAUGCAGAUCGUUGGCACCCUCUUCCUACAGUACCAACUGAUUGUGAUGAAAGCUUCUGCGGAUUUUCUUGUGUUAGUGUAUGCAAGAAAUUUCUAGUGAUUGGUGGGUGCUACUUAUAUAAUAAAAGGAGUUUGGCAAUAAAUGAUGUGAUAUUGUUUGAUCCAUUCAAGAAGCAAUGGAAAAGGGCUGCCAAUAUGCAAACAGCACGAACUGAUUUUGCAUGUGCAGUUAUCUCUAACAAGGUCUAUGUGGCUGGGGGAGGCAAUUCAAGUUGUACUAAAGGACUUUCUUCUGUUGAAGUUUAUGAUCCUUGUGCAGAUAGGUGGGAAGAUUUACCACCAAUGCCUUUCACACUAAUUGAAUGCUUCAGUAUAUCGUAUGGAGGUCAAUUUCAUGUUCUUGGCAAGAGAGAGUAUAACAUUCAACAAGAUACAUACCUUAUCUUCAAUCCAGUGAACCAACAUUGGUGCAUCAUGGAAGAUCUGCAGCUGUUUUGUAAGUUGACACAUAAUUAUACAACUAUACAAAACGGCAACAUCUACACUAUUCUGGAAGAAGGGAGCAUCAAAAAAGUGGACAUGGAUCAAAAGGUCUGGUGUACAUUGGGUGAAUUUCCUGCAGUGGUCCUUCCAAAACACAUGAGAUCAUUGAAGCCUUUUACCUUUGGAUUUGUUGCAUUCCAGCAGUAUUUAUAUGUCAUUGGGGGCAUGACUCUUAAGUAUAACUUAGAUACCCUUUCAUAUGGCAUUGUGAAGCUGAACUCGAAUAGGUUUUGUGAUAUGAGGAAAUUGCCACUUGAAUGGAAGGAUGCUAGACCCAUGCCAAUAAGAAGUGGUCGCAUAUUAGGAUGUGCUGUUAUGGAAGAAUAAUUUAACCCUUUUCUAUAUAUUUUGUGUCUGAAACUUCUUUCUUUUUGGAUAAAGAAAGGUCUCAACAGUCUAAUAGCUGUUCAUUAAAACAUGGUAUCUUUAUGGGGAAAAACAGAUACAGAUUUGGUUCCCAUCAUUAGGGUUUCGGUGGUAUUAGAAUAUGUGCCUUAUGGAAUUCAUAUGAUUUGCUUUUUCUUGGUUCUCACUUGGUUCAAAUCUUGUAAUGGCAUCAUGUAAGUGGAUCAUGUUGCAUUGUACCAUUAUAUCCUCAACGUGCAGAUUGUCUGUUGCCCUGAUCAAGAAUUUGUAUGAUGCAAUUUUAUUUGGUUUUGUUUGGAGCAAUGCAGCCCUCUUUAUAUCGCCUAGAUUUUUGCUAUAGUGGUCCCCAAAGGCAACCUUGACGAGUAUUCGAAGAGGAUAUCUAUCAGUCAGCUGGUCAUCAAAGACAAAUUUGCAAUCUGAUUUUGCUUGCAUCUGAAUUUGGAGGUAAAAGUCUGAAAACAUCAAAAGAUGAUCUUGAAACUUUAGGUAUGACGAUCUCCAUUAGGAAAUCUAAUUGUAGGCGAGGUAAAUCUAUUGUAACAACUGGUAAUGGUAUGGAGUUUGGGUGUUUAUCAAAAAAGAAAAGUGAGCUCUUAUGGAGGAAUAACCAUUUUUUCUUUUUCUUUGAUUCUGUGUUGAACAGUUGUUUUCUAUAAAGAAAUGCAUCGACAGUCUCAUGGCUGUCAGGAUUAA